AUGGAAAGUUGGUCAGUUGAUCAAGUCUGCAACUGGUUGAUUCAGAGAAAUUUAGGAGAAUUAGUUCCUAAAUUUCGUGAGGAAGAAGUGAGUGGAGCAGCUCUUUUGGCUCUGAAUGAUCGUAUGGUGCAGCAGCUAGUAAAGAAGAUUGGGCAUCAGGCAGUACUAAUGGAUCUGAUUAGCAAAUACCACCAACGAAAUCAUGAAUUAGAAUCCCUUACUUACAGUUGUGACACAGCCCCUCCAACAUCUCCAGAAGCAAUCAGUGGGAUGCCUGCCUCAAUCAGUAUAUCAGAAGCACCUGCUUCAAGGAUGGAGCAAGGCCGAGCAGUGAAGUCUAUUGUCAGUGGGGCUCCUGUUUCAUUUGCUGCAGAAGCUGGAAGGACUAAUGAUGUGCAAGUGUUCAAUCCCUUUGGUCCUACAGAGAAGACCCUUUAUUUUUCUCCAGCAGAAAAUAAAGAAGGAUUAAUUGACCAAAGAGUCUUAAAGCAUAAAAAAAAUAUGAAGCCUGUUUUUGCAAGAUAUAAGACACUGCAGUGGACAAAUUCAUACAUUUUGCCUGGGUUCCCUUAUGAUGUCAAAUGUAUAUUAGCAGAAAGAAAGUGCCCUGACCACAGCAUGAGAAUAAGAAUUAUUGAAUUUUUACAGGCAGACAUGACAAAAUACCUGGAAGGAUCACUAUAUCCAAACAGUCAGCAGUAUAACAUUGUUGUCAAUGCAUUGCUACAGGCAUAUCCAUUUCUUGAUGAAGAUGGGAAUGGUUUUUUGCUAUGGAAACGAGCCCUUAAAGAUCGCUUCAAAUAUGUGCGGAGACCAAUUGAAGAUGAUGAGCAGGUUCUGAGGAACAAAUGCAAGUUUGGCCACAGGAGAGGACAGACUAGGAAGUCUGCUGCUGCCGAAAGCAGAUGUGAUGAAAUCCAAGUGGUACAGAUAAAGGAGGAACCUGCCUGUUUUGAAGGAAGUGAGAUGAAUGAACACAUUAACUGGUUUAAGCAAGAAUAUGUGAAAACAGAGAGGAACUGGGAAGAAGUUGAUAAUAGGAUGAAUAUGACAUUAGGAAUACGAAGAAAGAUGAUUAAUAAUAAGGCACCUUUGAAAGAAAUUCUGCGCCUGUUUCCAUUUCUAAGGUGUCCUUAUCAGCUUUUUAGGGAGUUUCACCUCCUGACACACAUGGAUAUUUAUAAAAAAACAGUUGAGAUUUUGGAGAUGUAUUCUGAAAACAUAUUGUCUCUGUACUCGGUGAGGAAUAAUCCAAUUAAUGUUAUGCUGCAAGAAAAUCUGAAACAGCACACGGAGGAAGACAUUCUGAAAUAUAUGAAAAUGACGGCCACUUGUUUACUGCUGCCAGACGCCUUUGGAGAUGACACCAGUCUGUUUGUUGCUGUGAAUGAGGAGGUGAAGGUCUCGACACCAGUGUUGGAAGUGAAAAACCCCUUCAAUGUUAAUACAUGUGAGUUUGCUUUGUAUGUGGAAAAAGAGAAACUGGCUCAGCUUGACGAUUGUACAAUGGCACUGGCUGCUCUGCUGGCUGCGUUCCAUGUGUUUGACAUCCAGUGUCCAGAAAAGAUCCACAACACACUUAACUUUCUAGAGUCACUGAUCUUUGAGGUGAGAUGUCUGCAGUCUUUCCCAGUGAAGGUAAAGAGAGAACUAGAAGAACUUGAAUGUCUGACCGUUUGA